AUGGUCGUGGAAAUGGAGGUUUUAAAUAUGUUUGAUGCAAAGGAGAUAAGGAAUCAGUUGAUGGAGAUGCAGAUGGGAAUUCAGAAGGCAUUGGAGAACCCAGAGUCCAUACAAAUCUCCAUAGCUGCUAAGCGUAUCAAGGAUAAUUUAAGUGGCCAAAGGUUCAUUCUCAUCUUGGAAGAUGUUUGGGAAAGCUUUGACUUGCAAGAGAUGGGAGUUCCAGUCACAGCCCUUGCCACCACCAGUGGCAGAAAAGUCAUGAUCACGACUGAGUCCCAUGAAGUUUGUUCUGAAAUGGGAGGGCAGCAUCUAGUCAUGCAACAUCCGUUUCAAAGAAUGGUGUCCCUCAACUAA